UUAUUUAACAAUUUCAAAAAGAGCUUGUGUGCAUGACUCACUCAAUUGAUCGAAGAGAUCAUUAAUCAAUUUAGUGCUACUAUCGCAAUAAUCUUAUUUUUCAGAUAUUCCUGAAGUACUUCUUACCUUUGACUUGGUAACUGUAUUUCGAGUUGUAAGUGGAACAAGGAAGGAAUGUUUUUUGUGUUUUAAACCAUGUCGUCGCCUGCGGAAGAAAGUCCUAUUAUUAAUUCCGAUAUUGAGAAUGAUGUGACCAGCAGUCACCGAAAUCUUAUAGAUAAUGGACCAGUUGAGGAAACUACAGGAUGGAUCAAAAGUCGUACUGUGCUGGGUAUUAUGGGCUUCCUUGGUUUCGCCAAUGUGUAUGCAAUGCGGGUGAACCUAUCUGUCGCCAUAGUUGCCAUGAUCAACUCCACGGAAGUUCCAUCAAACGAGACAUUAGACGUCUGCCCGGCCACUACUCCUAGCAACAGCUCUGUUCCAGCUAAAACUGGUGACUUUGAUUGGACAACUGAACAACAAAGCCUCAUUUUAAGUUCAUUUUUCUUUGGAUAUGUUCUUACUCAGAUUCCAGGAGGAAGAAUUGCGGAAAUAUUUGGAGGAAAGCUUGUGUAUGGAGUUGGUGUAUUACUUACAGCUAUUUUCACCAUUCUUAGUCCAGUUGCAGCGUUUGUAGACUUCAAAUUGUUUAUAGUCGUGAGGGUGCUGGAGGGGCUUGGGGAGGGGGUGACAUACCCCGCCAUGCACGCCAUGCUAGCACGGUGGAUACCCCCAUUGGAGAGGUCAAAGUUUGCUGCUUAUGUAUAUGCUGGUUCAAACAUAGGAACAGUAAUAUCAUUACCAAUAUCAGGGUGGUUAUGCACCCUGGACUUUGCUCAUGGGUGGCCACUGUGUUUCUACCUGUUUGGCUGCCUUGGUGUCAUUUGGUUCAUAGCUUGGAUGUUUUUGGUCUAUGAUUCGCCACAGACGCACCCCAGGAUAUGUCCUAAAGAAAUUGAAUAUAUCACAGCUACUAUUGGACCUCAGGAGGACAAGCCGUCUAUGUCUAUACCAUGGUGUAAAUUCUUGACUUGCGUACCGCUUUGGGCCAUUCUCAUCGCGCAGUGUGGCCAGUCAUGGCUGUUCUACACGCAGUUGAUAGAGUUGCCCACAUACAUGAACAAUAUUCUGCAUUACGAUAUCGUUUCUAACGCCCGAUUAUCAGCUAUCCCUUACCUUACCUCAUGGAUUGCGGGAAUUUUAAUUAGUAUAUUCGCUGAUUGGAUACUUGUCAAAGGAUGGCUGUCGAGGUUGACCAGCAUGAAACUCUGGAACACUGUUGCCGCAUUCAUCCCAGCCUUCGGGUUACUGGGCAUCGCGUGGGCAGGCUGCGACCGUAUGGCUGUCAUGCUGUUGCUAAGCAUCACUUCUGCGUUCGGUGGCGCCGUGUAUGCUGGCAACCAGAUGAACCACAUCGACCUGUCGCCGCAGUUUGCCGGCACCAUGUAUGGGAUCACGAACGCGGCCAGCAACUUCUGCGGGUUCAUGGCGCCCUACGCCAUCGGACGCAUCAUCGGCAAAGACCAGCAAACACUCGGACAAUGGCGUGUGGUGUUCUAUUUGGCCGCGGCCAUCGAUUUAGGAGCCAAUUUGUUCUACUUAUUCUUUGCAAGCACAGAAGAACAGGAUUGGUCGCGACCAGACAACGACGACAUGACUGCGUCUGCCCCUGUGGAGAGCAUCCUGUUCCCGGAGUCCUAGGGCUCGCGCCCGCCGCCCGCGGCCCCCGCUACGCGCACCUGUAGCGUAUAGCGACACGCUGUGCUUGCGUGCAACGUACGCGACACUUACGUGUAGCGUGCAACGUACGCGACGCUUGCGUGUAACGCGGAACUUACGUGUCGCAUCGUUCCAACUUAACGUACGUAUAUGAAAUUCCAGUGCAGCAUACACGUGGAACGUACGACACUAACGUGUAGCGUGCAUAGUUUUUAUUGCUAAAACGUACUUACCUAUAUAAAAUUCCAGUGCAGCGUGCUACGUAGGCGACACUUACCUACGUACGUAUGUCAAAUUCCAGUGUAGCGUGCAAUAUGCGCUAAACAUCGCGUACAAAACAUUAAUUCUGUAACGUAAAUGCAUGUUACUUUUUGAUGUAAGUGUAAUAAGAUGUACGCGUGCAGCGUAAAAAGUACGCGACGCGUAGAUUUAGCAAGCAGCACGCGAUGUAACUGACAUUCGUGUGUAGCGUCGUGGUAGCGUUCAAUGUGCGGAAAUGUUCCUUGUUGAUGCAUCGUAAUUCGUAUGAGACACUCAUUGUACAUUUACGUGUGAGGACGUGUAACGUGUAGCGCCCGCGGGCGGGGUCUAUUACGAUUGGUCGCUUUGAUAUUCUCAAUAAAACAUCUAAUUUGAAGCGAAGCUAAAGGCUGUAAGCAAACAAAGCCAUUAAAGAAGCCGAAAAAUAGGUAUCCUACUUCACUGAAAAAGUUUUUAAUCAACUGAUCUCUAAAAUUCAAACUUGUCAAAUAUUGAUAAUAUUUUUAUACCUAUAGUUUGUGUUUUGGUAGAACAUAAAAUCCGUUCUACCUGAUAAAGUGUGCGGACCUAAUUUUUUUUAUCUUAAUUAAUAUUAUCCAGUAACAUACAAAUCAUGUAUGAUUUAGUCCUCUUAAUUAAGCGAUAUCUGAUAUUUGGGUGUUUGGGAAAUGAAAUGCCGCGGUCGCUAAGGUAUAGAUAGACUCUUAGCAAACUUAAAGUAUUUGUAUAAGAACUGUACGAAAAAGACUUGUAAGUUCUGCGUAGCCAAUAGACCCCUGGAAAAAGUUACUUCAAUAUUUAUAAAAUUGUAUGUUAAUAAAACAUUCCUUCAUUUUACAUUACGAACUUUUUAGAUUGAUCCAAUCGUUUUAAUGUAGUCUCAUCCGGGGCCACUUGAUUGAAGUAUGUAUCAACGCUCAAAACUUGAUUCAAUCUCAAGUAAAGAUUCUGUUUUUUGAUUGGUCUAACUACUGAAAAUAAAGAAACGUAUCUGUGUUUUCGUUUGAAAAACUUUGAGCGUAAUUUCGU